AUGGCUCCAGACGACAAUCACAGCUUGCGCAACCUAGCUCCCCAAUCCUCGAACUUAAGAUGGCGCUUCACUCGAUCGACGGCCAACCUUCGCGAAGCGGCUUCUCAUUCAAUCUCUGGUCCAAGUUCAGGUCAGACCAAUGCGCCUAAGCUUGCACGAGCGCCGUCGAAGAUGUCGCUGUUCAAUCUCUUCAGUCGGCCAAAAGUGGAAAGAGCUCGAGGUCACACAGAGGUUGGACUUGCUAUUCCCAUGCGCCCACAGACACCUCCAAAAUCUGCGAUACCGCCCAAAUCAGCCCUCAGACAAAACCCUUCGCCCUCCGCGCAACAGUCAAUACGGUCUCGAUCAAGCCUGAUGUUUCGUCCGAUGUCCAUGAGGCCUCCACCGCCAGACAACGAGACUGGCAGUUGGGAGCCUCCGCCACUGUUCCAAGCCUUUCCGCAGUCGGUCAAGCAUGCUACUGUGCAAGCAUGCGUGUUCCCUCCUGAGGUGCUGAUGCGGACACAAAGCCAGCGCCGACAAGCUGAGUUGAUUAGGGAAAGGAUAGACAGCGCCCGCGACUUGUCUGUAAUCGAGGAGAACAGCACCGAGACCAAGAAGCUGGAGAAGUCGCACAAGCGAUUGAUAUCUAACUCGGUUCUCAACCCACCUGCGCCAGAGCUCGUCAACAAGAUCUACAUCCUCGUCACAUCGGGGUAUAUCAUGCAGUACGCAGGCGACGGGCCAUUUGAUCGCCUGCCAGAGAAGGUGUUGAAGCUUGGUAAAGACUCGGCAGCGUUCGCUUGCGAUCUGAUCCCCGGCAAGCAUUGGGUGCUUCAAAUAUCUAGUCAUGCACACGACGACGGUACAGUCGAGAUGGGGCCCAAGAGCUCGCUCCUUUCCCGAUUGCGGACACAGAACGCCAUCGGCAGAAAGGCUGUAACCAGUGUCCUGCUGGUGUUGGAGAGCGCAGAGGAAAUGGACGCCUGGAUGACUACAGUUCGAAAAGAGAUUGAGAACAAUGGCGGCCAAAGGGUCAAGGACGAAUCUACAAGGGCAUCGUCCUCGAUCGACGGCUCGUCUGGCAAGCAAUCUAUCGAAACCAGCCACCGAUACCUGGUGCAGCGAGAUCCUAACGUCAUCACCAAGAUUGCUCCUCCUGUGGACUCACCACAUCAAUCGUACCACGCAGUCCCACUCAAACCUAUCACUUCGGACUGGGAAGGAGAUCGCCCAGAGCGAACACCUAGCAUAGCCAGCUCGACUCGCGAUCAGUCAUCUCGACAAAGCAUCAAACGCCAGUCGGCCGAAGUAUCCUCAGUUUCUUCCACGCCCAUUUCGCAAGACCAGAUGCAACUCGAUCAGCUGCGAGGACGCUCGCGCUUCUCGUACAUGUCUACCGCAACAUCGGCAUCUGGCACCGGGACCAGGAACACUUCCAGAGACCCGUCACCCACUCUACAGUCACCUUCGAAGGAAAGCUUCAGCCCAGUGACAGAGACCGAAUCUUUCCGGCCUUUCAGAUCUUUCCACUCUAACCCUAGUAAUGACACUGGUUCUCGCCGCAGGUCUGUGCAGCCCUUGCCAGUCACUACCGAGGAUGGUUCUAUGUCUGUUGAGGUACCUGCGAUGCAACAGAGACACUCUCUCUACGGUCCCACGUCGCCAGUAACGCAAGAGCCAGCGAAGGCAGAACCCGAGAUCUUACCAUCUGUGGCUGUCGAAGCAGCGCCUGCGCCCCUACCUCCCCCACCAUUCGUAGCAGCCAAGGGCCUCACUGCGCACAUUGCUAGCCAGGCUCGUUCGGCCUCUGCUGAGCGUUCAGACGAUGAUGCCACUUCUUCCACCGGAAAAGGUCGCGAAGAUAGUCCAGUGAGGUUCAACACUAGCAGCUACAGUGCUCUGUCUCGCGAAAGAACAAUAUCUCCACCACCGCGCGAAUCAGCACCGGCUCCACCUCGAUCCGCGUAUCGCCAAUCGAUUGGCCAGCCCACAUCAUACACUGUGCAGGCUCCUUCUCCUUUGGCUCCCUUCAAGUCUGAUACAUCUCGUCAGCGUCGCAUCUCAGCAACGCCAAAGCCUUUCCUUCGACCCUUCCCAGUCCGUCCACAGGCUCAGCACGCCAACUCAUCCAAUGCAGUCCAACGAAGAGCAUCAGCAAUGCCAACUUCAGGGUCUCCGUCAUUGGCGACCUUAGCGGCUAAUCGCUCUGUAACUGCACCACCACGAUCGCCCUCUGCUGCAGCAGUACUCUCACCAUCGACCCAUGCAUCCACACUGCACUCAGCCCAGUCCCAGACCCUUCGCCGACCGACAUCUGUGCAAAUUCGAUCAGACCCCGCGCCUUUCCUCUCUUCAAUCCGCCCAACAAUCGCCAUCUCUUCAACGCCGUCUUUCGUACCCGGCACAUGCCGGCGAUCUCCCCCAGCAAUGAAUGCCUCAACAGUACUGCACUCGAGUCCCAGCACCGGUGCUUUGAGACAGGAGGCUUCACUCCAAGCCCCGGCACAACCAAAGUACUUGAUGCAACAGAAGAGCAUGCCAGCAAUGGGCCUUCCACCACCUGCACCACCGCCAGACAUGCCACUUCCCGCCCCGCCACCGAAUAUGCCCUUGCUGGCACCACCUCCAAACAUGCCACUUCCGGCUCCACCCGCGUCUGCUCGAUAG